GGUGGUAAUAAUUUACCACCAUGGCAUGGACCUCCCCGGCAAGCUCAGUUGCCCUUUCAUGUGCUCAUCACGCAUCACCUCUCACCUCACCUCACCCAUCCCUAGUCUUAGCGAGCUUGGCUUGCUCUCCUCCUCUAUAUUAAUGGUUUUGCCUCGGCGGCUUUCCUGUUACUGGUGCGAGACGCGACUGGAGCUCCCCAGAGCCAAGCCUAGCUUGCCCCCAAGCCAAGCUUAGCUUCUGCCGGCAGCCACAGCCACUCUCACUCCCGCUCACUGCCACUGCCACUACCAGCUCGCUGUACUGCCACCCCGCCAUUACUGCGAGCUACUAGCUAGCUAGCCACCCCACUCCACUCGCUGCACGCUCCUGUACGUCCCGGUAGUAUAAUUAAGCUGGCAGGCAUGGCGCCGGAGUGGGAGGCAGCCUUGGGCAUGGAGCUCGGCAUGGGCUCGCACUACCACCACGCGCCGCCAUCCGCCGCCGCCUCGCCCAUGAACCAACACCACCACCACCACUCCGCAUACUCCCACUCCCAGCCCCCGCACCAGUACCAUUUCUACGGGGGCGCCGCGGGCGGCGACGGCGCCGACCCCAUGCGCGUCGACGAGAUGCUCGACCUCUCCUCCCACCUCGGCGCGCACGACUUCUUCUCCGGCGCGAAUAAUGGCGCCGCCGACAACGCGCCGGCCCAGCCCGCGGCUGCUGCGGCCUCCUCGUCCGACCACCAGCACCACCACCCGUCGUCCUUCAACCUCUCCUUCGCCGACGAGUUUUACCUGCCUGUCCCGACUGAGGAAGCCGCGGAGCUGGAGUGGCUGUCCAACUUCGUGGACGACUCCUACCCGGACAUCCCCAACUACCCGCCGGCCGUGCAGGCGGCGAUGGCGGCCGCCGCGAGGAACGGCGGCGUCGUGGUGAAGCAGGAGAAUUCCGCGUCGGCGGCCGCGCCUGGCCGCGGCGCGCGGAGCAAGAGGUCGCGUGCGGCCUCCGCGGCCGCGGCAGCGUGGCACGCCCUGGCGCCGCGCCAGCCGUCCCCGUCCUCCUCCUCGUCAUCCUCCGACUCGAAGCCGGCGCGGUCAGGCGGCGGCGGCGGCGGCGUCAAGAAGAGCGGCCUCGUGGUCGGGGCGGCCGAGCUGGGCGGAGGGGAGCAGAGCGGCGAGGUGCGCCGGUGCACGCACUGCGCGUCGGAGAAGACGCCGCAGUGGCGGACGGGGCCGCUGGGCCCCAAGACGCUGUGCAACGCGUGCGGGGUGCGGUACAAGUCGGGGCGGCUGGUGCCGGAGUACCGCCCGGCGGCGAGCCCCACGUUCGUGCUCACGCAGCACUCCAACUCCCACCGCAAGGUGAUGGAGCUGCGCCGGCAGAACGAGCUGGUGCACCUCCGCGGCGGCGUGGGCGGGGGCGUCGUGUCGGCGUCCUCCGGGUCCGGCGGCGCGGCGGAGCACAUGUUCCGCGACUACGGCGUGUGCUGAACUGCCGACUCGCCGCACGGAUCGAGCAGCCUAGCUAGCUAGCAAGCAAGCAAGCAUGGACCGACCGACCAUGGAUGGAUACGGAUGAUCCGAUUAGCGCCACGACGACGAUCUGCUUAAUUUUGCAUGCAAAUUCCUUUUUUUCCUUGCUUUCUUCCGUGUACUAUUUCGCGUUGCUUGUUUAUGUAGUUUAUAUAUGGGUCUCAUCAUCUUUUUUGUCGGAAAUAAAUAAGGAAAUCUGUUCAAAAAACCCGGGAAUAAAUUGAAAAUGUUUGAUCUUUUGCAUUA